AUGUCAAGUAUCACAGUUGAGCCGCUGACAAUUGAGUCCUUUCAGCCCUACGGCGAUGUCAUCCAGCUAGAGGGCCACAAAAACAUAGUCAUAGCCAACCAGGGCACAGCCAAGCGCGUCAACCAUGUUGCUAAGCUCGGUAACUUGCGCCGAUGCACCGGCCCCGCACUACAAAGCGCGCAGCCAAACAUGUGUAUAUUCAGCUCAGCCCCGCGCCCGACAUCUGGUGGCCGUCUCAAAAUCAACUUGCUCGAGCGUCAUCCUUACAGCACGCAGGUUUUCAUGCCAAUUCACCAGCAGGGCGUGAAGGUGGAUCCCGACUCACCCUGCUAUUUGGUUAUUGUCGCUGAAAAUGGCCCUGAUGAUAGGCCGGAUUUGAAGAGUAUACGGGCAUUUGCUGCCAACUCUACACAGGGGAUUAACUAUAAGGCUAAUUCGUGGCAUAGCCCGAUGGUGACUAUUGGAAAACAAGUCAAUUUUAUUGUUCUUGUUUGGGAGAACGGCGUUGCUCUGCAGGAUUGCGAGGAGGCGUUGAUUAGUCCUGUUGCCAUUGAUCUGGUGCCAUCGUUCAAGAGCUUGUUUGAACCAAAGCUCUAA